AUGGAUCGUCAAGUCAGCAACGCAUCGAGUACUGUAGAGGACUACCAGGAGAUCUACGAAGCAGCAAUUCAUGACCGACUUCGAGAUGGGAUUAGGGUGCUUGCUGAGCGGAAGAAACCCAGCCGCCACCAACACAGACACCUACAUAUUGAGGAUCAAGACCCUGAACUGACAAGGGUCGCAACCAGAAUAUCCAAGGACAUUGGCAUCACACCGGACACCCUCGCCGACGUUGACCCUCGGCUGGAUCCCGGAAGCGAGGAAUUCGAUUUUCGGUUCUGGGCAUCGACCAUCAUUCAAUUAGUGAGAGAAGACGGCAUCAAGCGAGCCAAUGUUGGCGUUUGCUUCAAGUCCCUCACCGUGUGCGGCACAGGCUCGAGUCUGGCUCUACAACCGACAGUCGCGAGCCCGUGGCUUACCCUUAUACGACUGCCCAUGCGUAUGACCAGACCGAAACAAGAGCCCAAAGUGAUCCUCCACGCCUUCAACGGAUGCGUGAAAAGUGGCGAAAUGCUGCUCGUGUUGGGAAGACCUGGCAGCGGGUGUACAACCUUUUUGAAGUCGAUCUCUGGCCAGUUGGGCGGAUUGACAAUGACACCCGAGACAUUCAUCCACUACGACGGAAUACCACAAGAUGUUUUUAAGAAGAACUUCAGAGGGAAGGCGGUCUACAAUCAAGAGAAUGACGAACACUUUCCGCACUUGACGGUGGGACAAACCCUGCGUUUUGCCGCAUGUGCCCAGACGCCAGAAACUCGGAUUCGAGGCAUUGAUCGAGAGAUGCAGGCCAGUCACAUUGUUGAAGUUAUGCUACGGAUCUUCAGACUCUCCGCUGUCCGAGAAACAAAGGUCGGUAGCGACACUAUUCGUGGUGUCAGUGGGGGCGAAAGAAAACGUGUUAGUAUUGCAGAAAUGGCUCUGGCGCGCUCGCUCCUGGCUGUCUGGGACAACGCGACCCGAGGACUCGACUCAGCAACGGCGUUGGAGUUUGUACGCUCUCUACGCACUUUGGCUGAUGUUGCUGGUGUCACUCAAGCUGUCGCUCUCUAUCAGGCCAGCCAGAGUAUCUAUGAUAUCUUCGACAAGGUGCUGGUUCUAUACGAAGGACGACAAAUAUUCUUCGGCCCAAUUGAUUCGGCGCGUUCGUACUUCGAGAGAAUGGGAUGGUACUGCCCUCCAAGGCAGACAACUCCAGACUUCCUAACCUCGAUCACCAAUCCAUCGGAGCGGCAUGUCCGUCCUGAGUGCACAGACAAGAUCCCUCGGACUGCUGUCGAAUUCGAACAAUAUUGGCUGGAAUCGGAAGAAUACCAAGCCUGCGUGGCAGAGAUCGCUCAGUACGAAGAGGAUGCAAAAGACAACGGCCGCCUCCAAGCACUGACAGCCGCCCAUCACGGAGCACAAGCACAUCACACCCGAGACUCGUCACCUUAUCUCAUGUCCGUGUGGAUGCAGAUCCGGCUGUGUAUGAAGAGAUCCUCUCACCUACUGUGGAACGACAGAACAUCCACGGUAACGCUGGCGAUGGGGCGAGUUAUACUUGCCUUGAUUAUUGGCAGUAUAUAUUUUGGCCCUCCUGAUACUACAGCGAGCCUCCAGUCUAGGGGCUCGGUGAUAUUUCUCGCUACCUUGAUGAAUGCGCUGAUGGCCGUUACUGAGAUCGGGGCUCUGUUCGGCAAAAGAGGUGUUGUACAGAAGCAGAACACCUUUGCAUUCUACCAUCCAUUCGCAGAUGCCCUUGGGUCCUUUGUUGUCGACAUCCCUGUCAAAUUUGUCAUCUCGACCCUGUUCAACGUCGUCUACUAUUUCUUGGCCGGACUCCGUUCUGAUGCUUCGAGCUUCUUCAUUUUUCUGCUGUUCAACUUCAUCUGCACUCUGGUCAUGUCAACCAUCUUCCGCAGCAUUGGCGCCGCCUCGAAGCAGCUUCCUCAGGCUUAUGCUCUCGCUGGUAUUGGGGUCCUUAUGAUGAUUAUUUACACGGGUUUUACACUUCAAACUGCCUACAUGCACCCCUGGUUUCGCUGGAUCAACUAUAUCAACCCCGUUGCCUAUAUCUUCGAGGCAUUGCUUGUCAAUGAAGUCCAUGGCCGAGAUUUCCCCUGCGCUCCGCAAAGCCUCGUUCCUCCCUAUGCAAAAGGAAAUUCCAACUUUGCUUGCGCUGUUAUUGGAGCCAUGCCAGGCCAGAGGGUUGUGUCUGGAGAUUCGUGGGUGCAGUCCGGCUACCAUUACAGCUACUCCCACCUAUGGCGAAAUCUUGGUAUCGCAUUCGCUUACAUGGCCUUCUUUCUUGUUUUCUAUCUCGUUGCCACGGAAGUGAGGUCAACAGUGAAUGCGGAACCACAACGACUCGUAUUUCGUGACUACAGGACAGCCCAGAGUCUAAGUCCAACUGAAGGAGACAUCGAGGCAAAGGCGGCUGGCGGCGACCAAGAAAACCCACCUCCACAACUUCCUGGCUUAGGGGAUGGGGUGCCCAACUCAGCCGCAAGAUCUCAGAGUGUAAACAAGGGACCGAAUGAAAAAGGACAAGAUAAGACCGGUACCCUUGCAUGGGAAGACCUGACAUUGGACAUUGCAAUUCGAGGCAAGAAUAAACGCCUGCUGGACAACGUCAACGGCUGGGUCAAACCUGGGACACUGACUUGCUUGAUGGGGGUCUCAGGUGCUGGAAAGACUACGUUACUCGACACGCUUGCACAGCGUCACAACACCGUUGGGGACGUCUCCGGCAAGAUCACGGUAGACGGUAUGCCGCUUAAGCCAUCGUUCCAGCGGACAACGGGGUACGUCCAGCAGCAGGACCUGCAUAUGCCUACCAGCACAGUCCGCGAAGCCUUGCGCUUCUCUGCUCUUCUACGCCAACCUGCUUCGAUCCCGAAGACCGCGAAAUUCGAAUAUGUCGAAAAGGUCAUCGAAGUUCUGAAAAUGGAACACUUCAGCGAUGCAGUGGUUGGUCAGCCCGGGGAAGGGCUGAAUGUUGAGCAGAGAAAACUCUUGACAAUCGGAGUAGAGCUUGCCGCCAAACCAUCAAUCCUCUUCCUGGACGAACCUACCUCAGGCCUCGACUCGCAGAGUGCGUGGACGAUCGUCUCACUGUUGAGAAGACUGGCGGAUAACGGCCAGGCCAUCCUUGCCACCAUCCACCAACCUUCAGCUAUGCUUUUCCAGCAAUUUGACUCCAUCCUCCUGCUUGCGAGAGGUGGCCGCACCACGUAUUUCGGACCAAUUGGUGCGGAUUGCCAGACACUAACUCGCUACUUUGAGGGACACGACGCUAGAGCUUGUGGUGCAGAAGAAAACCCUGCUGAGUAUAUCUUGGAUGUCAUUGGCAACACUUCUCAAGACUGGUCACAAGUCUGGAAAGCGAGCCCUGAGUUCACCAACAUCAAGUCCAGCAUCUGCAGGGUGUCACCAGACUCCUCUCGGGAGCAACAUGAUGCUGAAGAUCGGCGGCAGUUCGCGGUCUCUUUGAGGAGCCAGUUCCACUGUGUCAUCCAACGACUCUUUCAAAAUUACUGGCGCAAUCCAGGCUACAUCUACGCCAAGUUGCAGUUUGCCAUUCUGUCUUCGCUCUUCAUCGGAUUCACCUUUUAUCUGCAGAAUGCUUCGGCCACCGGGAUGCAAAACGUCGUCUUUGCCAUCUACAUGCUGAACGCAACAUUCUCAACAGUGGCCAACCAGAUCAUGUCCAGAUUUCUCCCACAACGGGCUUUGUUCGAAGUCCGCGAAUCUCCAUCAAAGAUGUACUGCUGGCCCGUCUUCCUGCUGGCGAAUAUCCUCGUCGAGAUCCCUUACCAAAUCUGCAUCUCCGUGGUCGUGUGGGCGUGCUGGUACUUCCCCAUCUUUGGACUUGACCAUGACUCCGCAACUCGAGCUCUUAUGUGGGCAUUCUGUCUGCAAUUCCUGCUUUUCGGGUCGACCUGGGCGCAGAUGCUGAUUUUCACGAUGCCGAGCACCGAGACGGCGGCGGCUCUGUCGACCAUCCUGUUCACGCUGACACUACAGUUCAACGGCGUGCUCCAGCCGCCCUCCGCGCUCCCUGGAUUUUGGAUCUUCAUGUAUCGUGUCAGCCCCUUCACCUAUUUGAUCGGCGGGUGGGCUGGGACUGGCUUGGCGAACAGAGCGGUCGUCUGCGCAAAGAAUGAACUGGCGGUUUUCGAUCCCCCAACCGGACAGACGUGUGGCCAAUACCUCUCGGCUUACCUGGAAAAGGGCGCUCCAGGAUCCCUGCUCAAUCCAUCCGCCACGGCAAGCUGCGAGUACUGUCCGAUCAGGAACGCCAACCAAUUCCUUGAGACCUCGUGGAUUCAACCAUCAGACAAAUAUCGGAAUCUGGGAAUUUUGUUUGCGUACAUUGCUUUCAACGUUUUUGCUGCCAUCUCGCUGUACUACAUCUUCCGAGUCAGGGGUUUUUCGAUCAAAAGCUUGCGGAAGCCAAAGUCAAAGUCGAUCGAGGAGAAAGAUCAUGAAGAAAAGCCGCAUCAGAAGAAAAGCUUCUAUCUGGGGUUUUACUAUCAUUUGGCGUUGGCUAUUUUGAGGAAUCUCGUUCGUUAG